UUUUCAUAAAUAUGCAUUUUAUCAUUCGAAAAUAGCAUACUUUACAAAAUAAUAUGUACAAAACCAUGCCCUUUUAAUAAUAUAAGCAUACAUUUUUUUUGUGUGUAUAUAUAUGUACACUGUUCAAGUGUCACGAGCAUUUCAAUCCAUCACUUCCAGGAAUGAAUCCACCAAAUUUGACACUCCAAUUAUCAGUCUAUUUAGGGCUCAUAAUCCUCUCCAAAUCCCUCCUCCGCCUCUCCAGAUGGAUCUGGAAUGCCUUCCUCCGGCCCGAAAUAGACCUCAAGCGAACAUACGGCCCGUGGGCCAUGGUCACCGGCUCGACCGACGGAAUCGGCCUUGCCCUCGCCGCCGAGCUCGCCUCCCGCGGCCUAAACCUCGUCCUCGUCGCCCGGAACCCGCUCAAACUGCGCGCCGCGUCGGAGGAAAUCCGGCGGCGGCACCCGGCGGUUUCGAUCCGAACCGCGGCCGUUGAUUUCGAUGAUUGCGGGCCGGAGGAGGUGGCGCGGGCGGUGGGCGAGGCGGCGGAGGGGCUGGAUUUGGGGAUCCUGGUGAACAACGUGGGGCGCGCGUACCCGUACGCGAGGUUCGCGCACGAGGUGGACAUGGAUCUGACGGAUGGCGUGGUUGGGGUGAACGUGGUGGGGACCACCUGGGUCACGAAGGCCGUGAUUGGGCGGAUGCUGGCGAGGAAGGGUAAGGGCCGGAAAAGCGUGAUUGUGAAUGUCGGGUCGGGCUCGUCGGGCUGCGUCUCGUCAUAUCCUCUCUACACGAUCUAUGCUGCAACCAAAGCGUAUGUGAGCAUGCUGUCAAGGAGCCUCAGUGUAGAAUAUAAGCACCAAGGAAUUGAUGUACAAUGCCAGAUUCCGUUGCUUGUGGCUACGAAGAUGGCAUCGAUAAAGAAAGCUUCACUUUUUAUUCCAUCUCCAGAGACUUAUAGCAAAGCAAGUCUAAGGUGGAUCGGGCAUCAAGAGCAAGUAUGUGUGCCCUAUUGGCCGCAUGCAUUGCAGGCCUUCGUUAUGGGCCUCUUGCCAGAGGCCCUACUCGAUUGCUGCCUCCUUAGGUAUUUUCUCGGCAUGCGAGCACGUGGGCUUCGAAAGGAUUCUCAGGGGUUGGGUCGGGUUUUGGGUUCAAAUUCUAUUUGAAACAUUUGUGUGUGAUGUAUAACUAUAUAUGUGCUGCAUUUUUACCGUUGGAUGAAUAUACAUACGUACUCACACGUAAGUGUAUAUUUGGUCCAACAUUGUAAAACUCAUGGGGUGAAUCUACUUUUUUAUUUAUUUAGAUCUUAUUUUUCUUGUGUAAAUCCACUUAUGAAAUAUUGAAUUCCUCAAUUAGAAUCUUGGCUAGCCAAAUGGGCCAAGUGCAAGCUAUAUUGGUGUACAAAAUAAUCACCCAUCAAAUUGUUAUGGAAAUAGUAUGUGUUUUAGAGGAGUUAUUCCAAUUGAGCUAUUCUUAAACGCAACUCGAUUUGGUUUAUGAAAGCUCACAACUUGUUUAUUUAUUUAUUUUGCAGCUUUCAAACGAGCAGUUGAGCCGAGUAUAUUUGCAAAACAAUCUAAAACCAACCCGCAAUCACCAAACAAUCAUUGUGCAAGAAAAAGUUUGAUUUGUACUUAGGGCUACAAAUUACAUGAACACAGCCAAACAAAAAUGUAAAAGGACAUAUAUACCCUUCACCCUUCCUUUUAUUCUCAAUCUGACCUCAUCCUGUUAAUCUGGUUCAAAGCCGGCUGCAAGAUGUUGUACAGCACCCAGACGAUCGCCGGCGCCACCACGAACAGCAGGAGCUGCCCCCGGUUGUCUGCCGCCGCCACGGUGGCGAUAUCCCCGGCCGAGGCCUCCGGCGGGCUGAAGAGCCCGGACGCGGCGAGCCCGUUCAGCCCGAGUCCGAGCCCGACCGCCACCCCCUUGGCGCUCCUCAUCCGGUUGAUCUGGUUGAGUGCCGGCUGUAGGAUGUUGUACAACACCCAGAGGACUGCGGGGACCAGCGGGAUCAGGAGCGCGACGCCGCGGCUGUCGCCGCCGUCAGCGAUCUCCGCCAGCUGCUGGGCGGCGAGGGCGGGGUCCGCGGCGGAGAGGGCGGCGAACACGGCUCCGGCCGCGACGGAGGCGGUGGGCUGCGCGGCAGUGGAGGAGGAGGAGAGGCCCUUGGUUAGGGUUUGGAUGGAGAAAAGGGGGAUUUGCUUCGCUGGCUUCGAGGGGUUUGGGGUUUUAGGGUUUGUGGCGGCGAAGCUUUUGGGGCUGAGGAUGGCCAUUGAUGUAGCCAUAGUAGCUGCCAUUUUCGUGUGAGCUCCUUUUUUUUAGU